AUGGCGGAAAAGAUCACUAGAAUUACUCUUUUCAAAAUACCUGACGAGGAAAGUCAGAAGAAAGUUUUGGGCUUUUACCAGCAGAUGCCGCAGAGAGCUCUCAAGGACGGAAAGCCUUAUAUCUUGUCCGUAAAAGCUGCUUUGGCCGUAGCUGAUCAAAGAGCGCAAGGGUUCACCAUAGCCGCCAUCUCUACAUUUGCAUCUGCCGAAGACAUGGCCUACUACGAUAAUGAGUGCGCAGCGCACGCAGAGCUGAAGGCUUUCGCAAAGGGAGCUCACCAAGGAUUUGCAAUGGUUUAUUUCAAGGAUUGA